ACUUUUCUUCUGCGGCAAUCCACUGAAAUCCCUCUCUCUCUCUCUCUCUCUCUCUCUCUCUCUCUCUCUCUCUCUCUGCGUGUGAAGUUCCAGCUUCGUCGUUCGGGAACGAGAGCUUGGCCUGAUCGCAGGAUGGCGACGGCUAUGGUCGAAGACUCCAACUUCGAGGAUGACCAGUUGGCUUCCAUGACUACUGAGGACAUCGUCAGAGCCUCUCGCCUCCUCGACAAUGAAGUUCGCAUCCUCAAGGAGGAGGUUCAGAGGACGAAUCUGGAGCUGGAGUCGUACAGGGAGAAGAUAAAGGAGAAUCAAGAGAAGAUAAAGCUCAACAAGCAACUUCCUUACUUGGUCGGCAAUAUUGUUGAGAUUCUCGAGAUGAACCCUGAGGAUGAGGCUGAGGAAGAUGGUGCUAAUAUUGAUCUUGACUCACAAAGGAAGGGCAAGUGUGUUGUCCUGAAGACAUCGACACGUCAGACAAUCUUUCUUCCUGUUGUUGGCCUUGUUGAUCCAGACAAGUUAAAACCUGGUGAUUUAGUUGGUGUAAACAAAGACAGCUAUCUGAUCUUGGAUACUCUACCAUCUGAAUAUGAUUCCCGUGUGAAAGCUAUGGAAGUAGAUGAAAAACCAACAGAAGAUUACAGUGACAUUGGAGGACUAGAGAAACAGAUCCAAGAACUAGUAGAGGCUAUUGUUCUGCCAAUGACACAUAAAGAACGAUUUCAGAAGCUGGGAGUUCGUCCUCCUAAGGGAGUACUGUUAUAUGGUCCUCCUGGGACUGGGAAAACUUUAAUGGCACGUGCUUGUGCAGCGCAGACUAAUGCCACUUUUUUGAAGCUAGCUGGCCCUCAGCUUGUCCAGAUGUUUAUUGGAGAUGGAGCAAAACUUGUGCGUGAUGCUUUCCAGCUCGCAAAAGAGAAAUCUCCCUGCAUUAUCUUCAUUGACGAAAUCGAUGCUAUUGGCACAAAACGUUUCGAUAGUGAAGUAAGUGGAGAUAGAGAGGUCCAGCGCACAAUGUUAGAGUUGCUCAAUCAGCUUGAUGGCUUUAGUAGUGAUGAUCGAAUUAAGGUUAUUGCUGCAACAAAUCGAGCUGAUAUAUUGGAUCCUGCACUUAUGCGCUCUGGUCGAUUGGAUCGUAAAAUUGAGUUCCCUCAUCCGACUGAAGAAGCCAGGGCUCGUAUUUUACAGAUUCAUUCAAGGAAGAUGAAUGUUCACCCUGAUGUUAAUUUCGAAGAGCUAGCCAGAUCGACGGAUGAUUUCAAUGGGGCUCAGUUGAAAGCAGUUUGUGUGGAGGCUGGCAUGCUUGCACUUCGCCGCGAUGCUACAGAAGUUACUCAUGAGGACUUCAAUGAAGGGAUCAUACAGGUCCAAGCGAAGAAGAAAGCAAGCCUGAAUUACUAUGCUUAAGGCCACAGUCAUCAUGUCUGGAUCUUCACUGCUCGUGCCGUGACUUUUUUAGCGGGUGAAUAGAAAUGAGAUCACCCGGUCUCUCUAGCACCGUCGGUCCUUUUGUGAUGCUCGAUGAAGUAGAUUAUUCACUUUUAACUGGUGCGAUGUAAUUGAACAAAGACGUGUGGAUGAACUUAUUGAGGGUUUUAUCCUCUCUGGCGGGACCAAGUUCUUGAGCAGUCUUGUGUAAUUUCUGCUUCAUCUGAUCCUGGGGCGACUUGGUAAAUGGACGAAGCUUCUCUUUCAGUCAAA